AUCAGGGGUACAGUCUCCCGGACCAUGACCUCCACCGGCCAAGAUUCCACCACAACCAGACUUCGAAGGAAUAGGCACAACCCCCACUCCCCCCACCACGACUCCAGCGUCACCUCGAAGAGAGGUGUUAAGAAGGGUGCCGUACCCCGCACCGGCCCCAGUCUAGCAGAAGUAAAGAAGAAAGGUAGAAUGAAGAAACUCAGCCGAUCAGCAGAGCAAGACCUAAUCUUAGGGCUUCAGGAGCUGGAUCUGAACCUUGAGGCCACGGCACUGUCUGGCACAGGCUUGGUGUUGGAUGAGCAACUCAAUGAAUUCCACUCCCUCUGGGAUGACAGCUUCCCUGAAGGCCCUGAGCAGCUCUAUGCCAUCAAGGAGCAUCUGGGCCAGGAGGGCCUCCUGGAUCGCUGUAUCUCCUUCCAGGCCCGGUCUGCCAAAAAGGAGGAACUGAUGUUGGCUCACAGCCUAGAAUACAUUGAUCUGAUGGAGAAGACACAAUACAUGAAUGAGGCGGAACUCCACACCGUAGCAAACACCUAUGACUUGGUUUAUCUGCAUCCAAACUCAUAUACCUGUUCCUGCCUGGCCUCAGGCUCUGUCCUCAGGCUGGUGGAUGCAGUCCUGGAGGCUGAAGUUCAUAAUGGCAUGGCCAUCUUCAGGCCUCCUGGACACCACACCCAGCACAGUCUUAUGGAUGGGUAUUGCAUGUUCAACCAUGUGGCCGUGGCUGCCCGCUAUGCCCAGCAGAAGCAUGAUAUUCGGAGGGUCCUUAUCGUGGACUGGCAUGUACACUGUGGUCAAAGAACACAAUGCACCUUUGAUCAGGACCCCAGUGUUCUGUAUUUCUCCAUCCACCGCUAUGCACGUGGCCAGUCCUGGCCCCACCUGAAAGCUUCUAACUGGUCUGCCACAGGCUUCGGCCGAGGCCAGGGAUACAACAUCAAUGUACCUUGGAACCAGGUGGGGAUGCGGGAUGCUGACUACAUUGCUGCGUUCCUGCACAUCCUUCUGCCAGUCACCGUUGAGUUCCAGCCCCAGAUAGUGCUGGUGGCUGCUGGAUAUGAUGCCCUCCAAGGGGACCCCAAGGGCGAGAUGGCUGUCACUCCAGCAGGGUUUGCCCAGCUCAUCCAUCUGCUCAUGGGUCUGGCAGGAGGCAAGCUGAUCCUGUCUCUAGAGGGUGGCUACAACCACCACUCCCUGGCUGAGGGCAUUAGUGCCUCACUCCACACCCUUUUGGGAGACCCUUGUCCCAUGCUGGAGUCCCCUGGUGCCCCCUGUUUGAGUGCCCGAACUUCGCUCUCCUGCACUCUGGUAGCCCUCCAGCCCUUCUGGGAAGUUCUUGUGCAGUCUGUUGAGACUCUUGAGGAAGACAACAUGGAGAAAGACAAGGAGGAGGGGCCGUGGGAGCCCCCUGCACCUCGAAUCCUGACCUGGCCAGCGACGCAUGCUCGAACAGGGCUUGUUUAUGACCGGCGUAUGAUGAGUCACUACAACUUAUGGGACAACCACCACCCCGAAACACCUCAGCGCAUCUCGCGAAUUGUGCACCAUCUGGAGGAGCUGGGUCUCACCAGGCGCUGCCUCACCCUGCCUGCGCGCCCUGCCACAGAUGCUGAGCUGCUUGCUUGCCAUAGUAUUGAAUACAUGGCUCAGCUGCGGGCCACUGAGAACAUGAAAACCCGGGAGCUGCACCGCGAGAGCUCCAACUUUGACUCUAUCUACAUCUGCCCCAGCACCUUCGCCUGUGCACAGCUUGCCACUGGCUCUGUGUGCCGCCUAGUGGAGGCUGUGCUCUCUGGAGAGGUAUUAAAUGGUACUGCUGUGGUGCGCCCCCCAGGACACCAUGCAGAGCGGGAGGCUGCUUGCGGUUUCUGCUUUUUCAACUCUGUGGCUGUGGCUGCUCGCCAUGCCCAGGCCAUCAGUGGGCAUGCCCUUCGGAUCCUGAUUGUGGACUGGGACAUCCAUCACGGUAAUGGAACUCAGCACAUGUUUGAGGAUGACCCAAGUGUGCUGUACAUUUCCCUUCACCGUUAUGAUCAUGGCACCUUCUUCCCCAUGGGGAAUGAGGGUGCCAGCAGCCAGAUUGGCCAGGCCUCUGGUACAGGCUUCACUGUCAACAUAGCCUGGAAUGGGCCCCGCAUAGGUGACCCCGACUACCUGGCUGCAUGGCAUCGCCUGGUGCUUCCCAUUGCCUAUGAGUUUAACCCAGAACUGGUGCUGGUCUCAGCUGGCUUUGAUGCUGCACGGGGAGACCCCUUGGGGGGCUGCCAGGUGUCGCCUGAGGGCUAUGCCCACCUCACCCACCUGCUGAUGGGCCUCGCCAAUGGCCACAUUAUUCUAAUCCUAGAGGGUGGCUAUAACCUGACAUCCAUCUCAGAAUCCAUGGCAGCCUGCACCCGCACCCUCCUUGGGUAUCCACCACCCCGAUUGGCCCCUCUGCGGCCCCCGCUAUCAGGGGCUCUGGCCUCAAUCUCUGAGACCAUCCAUGUCCAUCGCAGAUACUGGCAUAGCUUGCGGAUCAAAAAAAUCGAGGAGGAGGAACUCUCCAGUUUUGAGCCAGUCACCAAGAAGGAGCCUGAACCAGUCGAUCCUGGGUCAACUGAGGGAAUGAGCACACCAGAAGAAAACAUUCUGGAAGCAGGCAUGGGGAAGGCUACCUUAGCAUCACUCGUAGAAGAGUCUACUCCAGGCCAGGUUAAGUUAGAGACAGCCGUGGUGGAGCUCAUUCAAGACCAGUCCUUGGAAACAGCUACCAGUGGUGCCAUGCUGGACCAGGCCACCUCAGAGGGGACUGUGGGGGAUACCAAGGUAGCUUUAUGCACUGACAACCAGACCCCCCAAUCCUCACCUGUUUAGGGAACUACCCCUCACAUACCUCCCAGUAACCUGACUGGUAGUCUUGGUACCUUGGAUCUAAGCAAAAAGGCUCAGGAGGCCCCAGAUUCUGAGACGCCAGACAAAGAGAAGCUACUAGGAGAAGCAUCUGGAAUUCAGAACCUGGGUGAUUCCAUCCUAUUAGCUUUUGGAGACACUGAUGAGGCCACAUUUUAUGCUGUGACACCACUGCCUUGGUGCCCUCAUUUGACGGCAGUAUGCCCCGUACCUGCAACAGGCCUCGACAUGACCCAACCCUGUCAGUACUGUGGAACCAUUCAGGAGAAUUGGGUGUGUCUGUCUUGUUAUCAGGUCUAUUGCAGUCGUUAUAUCAAUGCCCAUAUGAUCCGACACCACGAAGACUCAGGACACCCGCUAGUCCUCAGCUUUACCGACCUGUCUGCCUGGUGUUACCACUGUCAGGCCUAUGUCCACCACCAGGCUCUGCUAGAUGUUAAGAAUAUUGCCCACCAGAACAAGUUUGGGGAAGAUACGCCUCAACCACACUAA